CCAGUAGUCUAGAUCCUAUGCUUUCAGCCCAUGUCUGUCCCUUCUUCUUUCUGCAGCAUAUACAGUAGCGAUGAGGAUGAUGAAGACAUUGAGAUGUGUGACCAUGACUAUGACGGGCUGCUUCCCAAAUCUGGAAAGCGUCACUUGGGGAAAACUAGGUGGACCAGGGAAGAGGAUGAAAAGUUGAAGAAGCUGGUGGAGCAGAACGGAACAGAUGACUGGAAAGUGAUUGCCAAUUACUUGCCGAACCGGACGGAUGUGCAAUGCCAACACCGAUGGCAGAAGGUGCUAAACCCCGAACUCAUCAAGGGUCCCUGGACCAAGGAGGAAGAUCAAAGAGUAAUAGAGCUCGUCCAGAAAUACGGCCCGAAACGUUGGUCUGUUAUUGCCAAGCACUUAAAAGGGAGAAUCGGAAAACAAUGUAGGGAGAGGUGGCAUAACCACCUGAAUCCAGAAGUUAAGAAAACCUCCUGGACAGAAGAGGAAGACAGAAUUAUUUACCAGGCACACAAGAGACUGGGGAAUAGAUGGGCAGAAAUCGCAAAGCUGCUGCCUGGACGGACUGACAAUGCCAUCAAGAAUCACUGGAAUUCCACCAUGCGGCGCAAGGUGGAACAGGAAGGCUACCUGCAGGAGCCUUCGAAAGCCAGCCAGCCCCCGGUGGCCACUGGCUUCCAGAAGAACAAUCACCUGAUGGGUUUUGCUCAGGCCCCACCCUCAUCUCAGCUCUCCCCAACUGGCCAGCCGUCAGUUAACAGCGAGUAUCCCUACUACCACAUCUCUGAGGCACAGAAUGUGUCCAGUCACGUUCCAUAUCCUGUAGCAUUGCAUGUAAAUAUCGUCAAUGUCCCUCAACCAGCUGCUGCAGCCAUACAGAGACACUAUAACGAUGAAGACCCCGAGAAAGAAAAGCGGAUAAAGGAAUUAGAGCUGCUCCUGAUGUCAACCGAGAACGAGCUGAAAGGGCAGCAAACGUUACCGACACAGACCCAUACUUGCAGCUAUCCCGGGUGGCACAGCACCUCCAUUGUGGACCAGACCAGACCUCAUGGAGACAGUGCACCUGUUUCCUGUUUGGGAGAACACCGCUCCACUCCUUCCCUGCCUGCCGAUCCUGGCUCUCUACCUGAGGAAAGCGCCUCGCCAGCCAGGUGCAUGAUCGUCCACCAGGGCACCAUUCUGGAUAAUGUUAAGAACCUCUUAGAAUUUGCAGAAACACUCCAAUUUAUAGAUUCUGACUCUUCAUGGUGUGAUCUCAGCAGUUUUGCAUUCUCUGAAGAAGAAGCAGCUUUUUCACGUAGCCAGCCGCACACAGGCAAAGCCUUCCAGCUUCAGCAAAGAGAGGGCCAUGGGACUAGACCUGCAGGAGAGCCUGGUCUGAGGGCGAGCAGCCCAGGGGAGGCUUCCCCUGGCCCAGCCAGAGCCUUACCUCCUGCGAGGCACAGCAUGGUUCCACUGGUCAUCCUUCGAAAAAAGCGGGGCCAGGCCAGCCCCUUAGCCGCGGGAGACUCGAGCGCCUUCCUAUUUGCUGACCUCAGCAGCAGCUCAACUCCCAAGCGGUCCCCUGUCAGAGGCUUACCCUUCUCUCCCUCGCAGUUCUUGAACACUUCCAGCAACCACGACAACUCAGGCUUGGAUGUGCCUGCUUUAACCUCUACCCCUCUCAGCGGUCACAAGCUGACAACACCGUGUCAUAGAGACCAGACUGUGAAAACCCAGAAGGAAAAUUCCAUCUUUAGGACGCCAGCUAUCAAAAGGUCAAUCCUUGAAAGCUCUCCAAGAACCCCCACACCAUUCAAACAUGCCCUUGCCGCUCAAGAAAUCAAAUACGGUCCCCUGAAGAUGCUACCUCAGACACCCUCCCACUUAGUGGAAGACCUACAGGAUGUGAUCAAGCAGGAAUCCGACGAAUCUGGAAUUGUUGCUGAGUUUCAAGAGGAUGGACCCCCACUACUGAAGAAAAUCAAACAGGAGGUGGAGUCACCCACGGAUAAAGCAGGAAAUUUCUUCUGCUCAAACCACUGGGAAGGGAACAGUCUGAGUACCCAGCUGUUCGCUCAGGCGUCUCCAGUGGCAGAUGCCCCAAAUAUUCUCACCAGCUCUGUUUUAAUGACACCAGUGUCUGAAGACGAAGACAAUGUUCUCAGAGCAUUUACAGCCCCUAAAAACAGGCCCUUGGUGGGUCCCUUGCAGCCCUGCAGUGGUGCCUGGGAACCAGCCUCCUGUGGGAAGACAGAGGAUCAGAUGACGGCCUCUGGUCAGCCUCGAAAAUAUGUGAACACAUACUCGGCUCGGACUCUGGUCAUGUGAGACAUUUCCAGAAAAGCAUUAUGGUUUUCAGAACACUUAAAAGUUGACUUGUGACCUAUCAUUCCUCAGCAUGGAUCUCUUCCUGCCUGAGAGAAGAACCUAUUUUUGUUGUGGUACAACAGUGCAGAGCAGCACCAAGUGCGUUUUAGUUGCAUGGAAUCUUACUGGGUUUCACCCAACUAAA